AUGGAUGGUUUGGUGCGAAAAUUGAUGGCUGCAAUUCGGUACGAUGUUGAGCUACGUCAUUCGCUGUUUUCUGUGCUGCUUUCGGUCACACUCACUCACGUGCUAAUGGAUGGUUUGGUGCGAAAAUUGAUGGCUGCAAUUCGGUACAAUGUUGAGCUGCGUCAUUCGCUGUUUUCUGUGCUGCUUUCGGUCACACUCACUCACGUAACGUACGUGUUUAUUCCCACUGAACGUCAGCUUUUGCCGCUAAUUAUCAGUGUUCCAUUAUCAGCAACGCUAUCGGUGUUGGCGUGUGGUUGGCGUGCACGUUGGAAUGUUGCGCAAGCUUCGUUGCUUGGCAGUAUAUUUUCGCUGUCGUUGUUGUGCUGUUUCACGACCAGGAACGUGUAUUUGGCGCAAUUUGCUCGUUACCUAAUGUGUAUUGCUGCAUUUCAUUAUGGGGAAUUUCUGGCAACGGCACUCACCAAUCGUGCGGACCUGGACCUCUCAUCCUAUCUCCUCGAUCAUUCCCUGGCCUACUGGGCCGCAGCCGCACUCAGCUGGGUCGAAUAUGUGCUGGAAGUGUGGUAUUUGCCGGUGCUUAAAAAUCCGUACGUGAGUUACGCAGGGCUGGUACCGGUGAUCUGCGGUGAUUGCCUGCGAAAACUAGCAAUGGCUCAUGCAAAAGGUGGCUUCACGCAUCAGGUUGCUGUCCAGAAACGAUCGGAGCAUAGACUGAUCACAGACGGCGUCUAUGGCUUGGUACGGCAUCCAGGAUAUCUCGGCUGGCUAAUAUGGAGCCUUGGAACGCAGGUUACCAUUGCUUCUACCACUCAUUAUUAUUAUUAUUGUUGUUGUUAUUAUUAUUAUUAUUAUUAUUAUUAUUAUCGUUAUUAUUAUCGUUAUUAUUAA